ACUCACUCACCCCCUUUCCUUCCCCCUUCUUCCUCUCUAUCUAGUCCCUCCCCCUCGCCUUUGAAAAGGGCUGGCUUGGCACAGGCUCAGUACAGACGGUGAACGGUCUGGGCAACAGGAGCCAUGAGCCCGAGCUACGCGCAGAAACCGGCACGACAAAGCAGAAAGCAGCCUAAACAGUGCGAGGGGUGACUUUAGCAGCGGCGACACAGGCAGCCCAGGCAACCCCGGCUUUGUGAACAGUCUUAGAGACAGCCUCCACGACUCCAGCUGCUCCACGGAUUGUAAGCUGUGGCGGUAGAACCCGCUACAGCAAUCGCCGUCUCCGUGGAGCUGGCGGAAGCCUUUUCCCUUUUUUACUUACCACCUCAUUCUACUCUAGAGGCUUCUUUCACUGGUUUUCCGUGUGUUGAUACAGGGAAACAUUACAAUUGUGCUUGCUAUGGACUUGCUGUCUGGGACGUAUAUAUUUGCAGUCCUGUUAGCAUGCGUCGUGUUUCAGUCUGGCGCCCAGGAGAAAAACUACACAGUCCAAGAAGAAAUGCCAGAAAAUGUUCUGAUAGGUAACUUGCUGAAAGAAUUCAACUUGUCACUGAUUCCAGAGAAGUCCCUCACAUCUCCUAUGCAGUUUAAGCUAGUGUACAAGACUGGAGAUGUGCCCCUGAUUCGAAUUGAAGAGGGCACUGGUGAGAUCUUCACUGCUGGAACUCGCACUGAUCGUGAGAAAUUAUGUGCUGAUAUCCUGGUGGAAACCCGUUGCUUUUAUGAAGUGGAGGUUGGCGUUUUGCCAGAUGAAAUAUUUAGACUGGUUAAGAUACGUUUUCUGUUAGAAGACAUAAAUGAUAACGCACCAUUAUUCCCAGCAACAGUUAUCAAUAUAUCAAUUCCGGAGAACUCGGCUAUAAACUCUCGGUAUGCUCUCCCAGCAGCCAUUGAUCCUGACAUUGGAAUAAAUGGAGUUCAAAAAUACCAAGUAAUUAAGGGUCAAAGUAUGUUUGGGCUUGAUGUCAUUGAAACACCAGAAGGAGACAAGACGCCACAGCUAAUUGUUCAAAAGGAGUUAGAUAGAGAAGAGAAGGACACAUAUGUAAUGAAAGUAAAGGUUGAAGAUGGUGGCUUUCCUCAAAGAUCCAGUACUGCUAUUUUGCAAAUAAAUGUUGCUGACACAAAUGACAACCACCCAGUAUUCAAGAAGAAUGAGAUUGAAGUCAGUAUACCAGAAAAUGCUCCUGUAGGUACUUCAGUAACACAACUCCAUGCCACAGAUGCCGACAUAGGUGAAAAUGCCAAGAUUCACUUCUAUUUCAGCAAUCUAGUCUCCAACAUCGCCAAGAAACUAUUUCACCUGAACAACAACACCGGACUUAUCACAAUCAAAGAACCACUGGAUAGGGAAGAAUCACCAAACCAUAAGUUACAGGUUUUAGCAAGUGAUGGUGGAUUGAUGCCAGCAAGAGCAAUGGUUCUAGUAAAUGUUACAGAUAUCAAUGACAAUGUCCCAUCAAUUGACAUAAGAUACAUCAUUAAUCCAAUCAAUGGUACUGUGAUUCUUUCAGAAAAUGCUCCACUUAACACCAAAAUUGCUCUCAUAACUGUGACAGAUAAAGAUGCUGACCAUAAUGGCAGGGUGACAUGCUUCACAGAUCAUGAAGUCCCUUUCAGAUUAAGGCCAGUGUUCAGUAAUCAGUUCCUCCUGGAGACUGCUGCAUAUCUUGACUAUGAGUCCACAAGAGAAUAUGCCAUUAAAUUGCUAGCUGUAGAUGCUGGAAAACCUCCUUUGAAUCAAUCAUCCAUGCUCCUUGUCAAAGUCAAAGAUGAAAAUGACAAUGCUCCAGUUUUCAUCCAGCCUUUUAUAAGUCUUUCUGUUCCUGAGAAUAACUCUCCUGGCACCAAGUUGACAAAACUAAGUGCAGUGGAUGCAGACAGUGGGCACAAUGCUGAAAUCAAUUAUCUUCUAGGUGUUGACGCUCCAUCUGAAUUCAACCUGGAUCAUCGUACAGGCAUUCUAACUGCAGGGAAGAAACUAGAUAGAGAGAAACAAGAAAAAUAUUCCUUCACAGUUCUGGCAAAAGAUAAUGGGAUACCAUCCUUCAUGACCAAUGCCACAGUCUUACUGACCAUUCUUGAUCAGAAUGAUAACAGUCCAAUUUUUACUCACAAUGAGUACAACUUCUAUGUCCCAGAAAACCUUCCAAGACAUGGCACAGUAGGACUAAUCACUAUAACUGAUCCUGAUUAUGGAGAAAAUUCUACAGUCACCCUCUCUAUUUUAUAUGUGAAUGAUGACUUCACCAUUGAUCCACAAACUGGUGUUAUCUAACCAAAUAUUUCGUUUGACAGAGAAAAGCAAGAAUCUUAUACUUUCUAUGUAAAGGAUGAGGAUGGUGGUAAGGUAUCACAUUCUUCAACUGCCAAAGUGACAAUAAAUGUGGUUGAUGUCGAUGACAACAAACCAGUUUUUGUUGUCCCUUCUUCCAACAACUCCUAUGAAUUGGUUCUACCAUCCACUAAUCCAGGCACAGUGGUCUUCACAGUAGUUGCUAUUGACGAUGACACUGGCAUGAAUGCAGAGCUUCAUUACAACAUUGUAGGAGGAAACACAAAAGGUCUAUUUAUAACUGACCAAACAACAGGCAACAUAACACUGAAGGAGAAAUGUGUUGUUACAGACCUUGGUUUACACAGACUGGUAGUCAAAGCUGAGGACUUAGGACAACCUGAUUCUCUCUUCAAUGUUGUAAUUUUUAAUCUAUUUGUGAAUGGGUCAGUGACCAAUGCUACACUGAUUCAUGAACUGGUGCACAAAAACAUUGAAACACCAGUGACCCCAAAUACUGAGACAACUGAUGCAUCCUCACCAACCAGUGACUAUGUCAAGAUCACGGUUGCUAUUAUUGCUGGCACCAUAACUGUCAUCAUUGUUAUUUUCAUUACUGCUGUAGUAAGAUGCUGCCAAUCACCACACCUUAAGACUGCUCAUAAAAACAAGUAGAAUUCUGAAUGGGUUACUCCAAAUCCACAAAACAAACAGAUGAUAAUGAUGAUGAUGAUGAUGAAGAGGAAGAAGAAGAAGAAGAAGAGGAAGAAUGCCCCUAAGAACUUGCUGCUUAACUUUAUCACUAUUGAAGAAACUAAGGCAGAUGAUUCUGAGAAUGAUGGAAACAGUGCCACACUAGACUUUCUCAUUCAACUGGAAGAACAAACCAUGGGCAAGUACAAUUGGGGCACUAUACCUACUACCUUCAAGCCUGACAUCCCUGAUUUGGCCCGGCAUUACAAAUCUGCCUCUCCACAGGCUGCCUUCCAGAUCCAGCCUGAAACUCCCCUGAAUUUGAAGCACCACAUCAUCCAGGAACUUCCUCUUGAUAACACUUUUGUGACUAGUGAUUCCAUCUCCAAGUGUUCCUCCAGCAGUUCUGAUCCUUACAGUGUUUCUGAAUACAGCUAUUCAGUGACAACUUUCAAGACUCCUGCAUCUAUACACACCAGACCGACUGAUUCCAGGGUAUCAACUAUUGAAAUCUGCAGUGAAAUAUAACUUUAUUGGAACAACAUAAUUCCAUUCCUCUUCCAAAAAACUCCAAUAAUUUAUGGUUUCAAAAUUGGCCAAUAUCAUUGAUUUUGUAAUCUGAAUUUCCCAUUAUUAAAGGCAAGCAAAACAAAGAUAUUGUAAAAAUGAUGUUCCAAUGAACCUUAUGCUUACUUUAACUGUAAUCUUGCCAUAAAAAUUUAAAAUUUGUGGAAGCAACAGUGCAGUGAUAAAAGUUUUAUCAAGGUGUUUCUCAAUUUACUUACUCUAAAUGUCAACAGCAAUAAUGUAAUACAAUGCUGUUUUGUAGAACCUGAUGGCUAAUGUAUCAUGAAACAUGGAAUUACUUGCCCUAUCUGAAAGGAAAGGUAUCCAGGGCAAGAGAAUUUUUAAAGACCAAAAACAAACAAGAAAAAACUUUACUUUUUCUAAAAAAAAAUCACUAAUAUAGUGUUGCUGAAAAAUAAUUAUAAUUACCUACCUAUCACUCUGCUUAAAAGUUGGAUGAUAUUAAAUAAUCUUACUGGGAAUUUAGGUUGAUUACAAUCAUGUUGUUCCACUUCAUUACAAACUUAUUUUGUUGUAAUUAUGUUUCCUUUUUCUUUAAAUACUGAAAAAAAGUUUUUUCUAUUCGCAUUUAUUAAAAGGAGAAUUUAUUUUUAAUUCUUGAUAUUUUGAAAGUAGAAUGUAAACUUUUUUAUACUCCCUGAUAUAACUCUAGUCAUAUGAGAGUAGAAACAAAGAUUUAGAUAGGAUAUUUAAAAAGUUUUUAUCUCAAUUGUUAAACUACCUAGGGAAAUAUAAGGCACACGAGUCACACCUAAACAAUGACAUUUAUUUUAUUUCUCUGGCAUUAAAUUACUGAAUACGUUUCAUAGCUUUGAAUAAUUUGUCCUUUAAAAUUAACCAAUUUUUCUCAGUAUGUCAAUUAAUUCAUUUACUACACAAAGGACUAACUGCUUUGAAUUGGGGGUAUCUUAAAUUUUAUUGAAGAAAGAAUGACGUCCCAAUUUUCUGUGAUAUUCUUUAAGCUGCUUACAACAUACUGAUACUCUUAACAUAUUUUUAAGUGAUUUCUUGGGACAAAAGGGAGUAUAAAGGACCUUUAUAAUCAUAACACAGCACAUGCUUCCUGGAUUUUCAUUCAAAUGCUUCCUUGUGUGUCAUUUUACCUUGCAAAGUGUGAGUAAGAUUUGGUUUAUUAUGUAUGUACAUUAAAUUAAUGUAUUAUUUGAAGUGUUUUUUGAUGUAAACACAUUUAGAAGAGGUUUAUGCUCUAUUUAGCAUUUAAUGUUUGUACAAUUCUUAGAUAUUUGAUAUAUAGGUAAUGUUUUAAACAAGCUUCUGUUAAAAUCUAGUGUCCCUAUGUACUCAAUACAGAAUCUUUUAUACCUCCAAUGAUGUCAAUCUCAUUGACAUAAUUAGUAUCUAAGUUUUUAAACACUACUUAUGACUGUGAAUGUAACUAUUUUACUGGUAAUGAAAAUGUCAUGUAAGUUACAAUAC